CCAGGUGCGAUUCCUCCAUUUUACACAAAAAAGAUGCCAUGCUACAUCCGCAACAGCGAAGAAAUGAAUUAGAAAGGGGAGCUCAAAUGAAGGCCUUCAACGGACAUCGGAAGCAAUUGUUGUUUUUUAAUUUCUCACAAUCCAAAAACCAAAGCCUAAAUCCAUUACUUAGCAUUACAACGAUCCGGUUUCACGUACUCCUGCGAGAUUCCGUACAAAACAUAAACAUUAACUUGCAGCGUCUCAUUCUAAUAAAUAAACCCUGCUCUGCCAAAGACUCGGCAUUUCCGCCAAGCUUCUCCCUCCACCCUGCAACUCUGAGAAUUGUGAUCGGAGGUGGUCGUAUCGCCACCAUGCCAGGUCCUGGUCCUCACAUGAUGUACGCGAUGGGCUCGGGCCUGGCUCUCACGGCGGUCACCCACGGCAGAUUCAGCCCCCACCACUCUCUCACUUACGCCCUCAACGCCUUCUUCGGUCCUGAUAUUGGUUCCUUCUCCGAAUGGCUCGCUUCCUUUGUAGAUGAUUCUUCUGAUUCCUUUGCGUCCCGCCUUCCCGAUCUCAUCCACCAUCCCCUCUAUUACAUCCUUAUCUUGGGACUUCCUCUCUCUUUCCUUUACUCCUGGAUUUCCAAGUUUCUUCUUCAGCACCAGCUUCUUGAUUCUGUCCCUAGGGUACCCCUUACGCGGAAGCAAUGCUUCUUGUUGAUAUCUGCUGGCUCUUUUAGCCACUUCUUCCUGGAUCAUUUAUUUGAGGAGAAUGGGCACUCAACUGUGUAUACUUGGAUUUUGAGCACGGGUUGGUGGGAAAGGCGAGCACCAAUUAACCCAGAUGCUGUUGUUGCGGUUACCUUUUUAUGCACAUUCUUGUAUGGUGGCUUUUUUUACAUCAACAGACCUUGCAGAGUAAAUUCAUCAAACUCCAUUGUGAAAAGGUCGCAUCAAUCACUGCUACUCAUCCUGUUUAUAGCCUGCUUAUACUGUUUAUGGUGUGCAAUUCAGAUAUACUUGGUCAAACCUCGUCGUCCUGCAGUUGGUGAAGAGGCUGAUCUUGGUGUUAUAAUUUUUUUAGUCACAUUUUUCUUCCUACCUCAUGGUUUGUGUAUAAUGUCCAUGCAUCCAAAUGAUCUUCACACAGAUCAAAUUCCUGUUUAACGGUAUACUAUUUUGCUCUUUCCGAGAUUUUUCUCUGCAUUUGCCACUGAUAUAAUCUCAGCAAGCGUUUGAAUCAAGCACUUCGCUGUGCAGAUUCACUAGCCAAGGACAUGCUGACCACUAUGGUCUAGUCCUACUAACUGCUCCACCCUCCUUUUGUUUGGGUUUUGUGCAGGAUGAUCUGCAGAUGAAUUUUGAUGUCAUGGCUGCUAGAGCCUAACAAGCGUUUGAAUCUUGGCUGGUGUCAUGACAUUCAAGUUGGAACUUGUACAAUCCCUUAUCAGUCGUUUAGCCCUUAAGCUUCACUCCUCCAAGGCAUUGCAUCCCAGGAGUAAUUGUUCAUGACAUGUUUACUGGUUCUCAAUUUGUUUUAUAGUGAUGCAAGGUAAAUUUUUACAACUAGGUUUGCUUUUAUACACAAAUAUUGAAAGAAAGGCCUAGAUCAUAGGCAAAGCAUCUUAAUUAAUAUAACAAGAGAGCGUUUGAUAUGGUUUUACUUAA